AUGGCUCUUUCAAACACAGCAGCGCUACGCAAUCCUGUGAGUGUAAGAAAUCUUAUGUGCCCCGGGCAAAUUACUCCUGCAAAGGUCCUCCAUAGUUUCAUACGUAGCUUGUGUCAUAGCAGCUACAUGGGUACUGGAUACGGUGGACUAGAUAGCGCGCACGAGGGCGUGGAUCGUGUAUUACCUAAUUGUAUGGCGCAAUCCGUAGUUCGGCGCACUAUUUUCAAAGCCAAGAAGAUCAAGAUCAUUUUAAACCCCGAUUUUAACUUGGGAUCGUCCUUCCCGUGGAGGGGAUGA